UUCAACUCUCUGGCUUUGGAGCCUGUGUCACUCAUUUGAAGUGUUGCAACAGGCAUGAAAGCCUCUGCAUUGCAUUUUCAGCCUUGGCAAGGAUGGAUUUCUCCAGGAGGUCUUACAAUUCCACCUGCAGCUUGUGGACAUACCCUCUGCUGAUCUGGCUGUGCUUGGCAUCUUACCAAGAUCUGAUAACCGCCAUUCAAGUCUCAGCCAUGUACUCGCAAUAUAUCUGCCCCGAAGGGCACAGUGUGAACUUAACCUGCACUAUCACUGGUCAAUUGAUAGAUAAACAUGAUCAUAUUGUUCCAAUCUGGCAUUUCAGUAAGGACAAAGACUCAAACUGCCAAGAUGCAAAACACGUACGGAACAUGACCAAACACCAUGUCGGACACAGCCAGCACAACAUAAAUAACGGUAUAAUUCAUCUAACUCUGCAUAACCUGUCUCACGGGGACAGUGGAGGGUACUGUUGUUAUGUCCUGGAGACAAGUAAAAAACAUGUUCGGCAGAAAUCUCAUGGUUAUAUUGAACUGCAAGUCAAGUCUGGUGAUAAAGAUCUUCAGACCUGCUCGCAGCACUCAGCGGUUGAAGAGAAAAAUGACAAUACCACAGCGGCCGCUCUGGCAAUCAUUUCCUGCAUUAUUGGCAUCCUUUGUUUGCCUCUCAUACUAGUUCUUGUUUAUAAACAAAGGAAGGCGAUCAGCCACAGGCGAGCACAGGAACUGGUGAGAAUGGACAGUGAAGCUCAGGGAAUAGAAAACCCAGUGUUUGACGACCCUCCCGCAAUAAACUUCGAGCAGAGACCCAGGCUGGCCUUUAUGGCCAGUCGCCAGCAGUCUGACUCUGGGCGCCACCUGCUGUCUGAACCUAGCACCCCGCUAUCUCCACCAGGAACAGACACCUUCUUCCCAUCCUUAGAACCUGUUUCAGAUUUACCAGAAUCACCAGAUCCUCUAAAAAAUUGAAGACGGAACUUAUAAAUAAAGAGGGGAAUGAUCCCCAAAAAUGUAAAGAAAUUAAAAAAAUAUAAAACUGUUAAUUAUAAGUGGACUUCAGGACAAAUGUUUCAUGAAGAAUCUUCUGACUACAAACAAGUAAAUGGAUUUGAUCAAUAUGUAAAUGGAUAAAUAAUAAAGACAAAACACUUCCGUUGUGUCAAUGAGAGAAUAUUGAUAUUUAUUCUGAUCAGCUAUCAAGACAAUUUUAUACAAGACACAAUUUAUCUGCAAAAAGCUGUUUAUCCACAUGCUCACUUUUUUGUAAUGUAUAUUUCUGCUUUAUCGCAUGCAAAUUUCUUUAAUUUUGGUAAAACUAAAAAAAAACAAAAAAAACCCUCUAGAUGCAGCAUUUUAAUAAAAUAAAUAAUUUUAAUGCGCUUUGCUUUAUUGCGCUUCACAGAUAUUGCUCUUUUUACAAAUUGAAGGUUUGUGGCAACCCUGUGUUGGGCAAGUCUAUCAAUGCCAUUUUUCCAACAUAUGUACACAUAUAAACACUUAAAUACACAUGAAUACACAUAUAUAUAUACGAACCACCAGCAACAAGAUUAUGAAUCACUGAAAGCUCUGAUGAUAAUUAGCAAUUUUUAGCAAUAAAAUAUUUUUUUAAUUAAGGUAUGUACAUUGUUUAUUUAGACAUAAUGCUAUUGCACACUUAAUAUACUACAGUAUUGUGUAAAUAUAACUUUUAUAUGUGCUAGGAAACAAAAAAAUGAGUGUGACUCACUUUAUGGCUAUAUUCGCUUUAUUGAGGUGGUCUGGAACCGCAACCGCAAUAUCUCUCUGAGGUACGCCUGUAUGUAAAUUAAAAUCUUUAUGUGAGACUCUGGGAUCUAAGGAAGUGAAUGUAAUUACAACAAUGUUUCAAUGAAGUCUAUUUUUAUCACCCAAAAUAAUAUAUAAGAAUGUUUAAAGUGUUUUUGUGAAAAAGAUAUUUGCGUUGAAUUGAAACACUGAUGAAUUUAAUAUUGAAUGUAUUGUAGGUGCUAUGGCAAUAUUGUAUAGACUCUCUUGUAAACUUGUAAACAGCAAAUUUAUUUAAAAGGGGUGUAAAACAAAAAAAUAAAAUGCAAUUUUCAAUAGAUGCUUUUUUUGCAAUCCUUCUAGUAAAAUGUAUGUCUGCUUCCGUGAUAGUUACAAACAGCUAGUUUGCUCCGAGAACAUGUAUUGUAAGCAAUAAUUCUGUUUGCAUGAUUGUUAUCAUUAAUAUGCCACAGCCACACUCGUGGUUUAUGACUGCAGGUGCAUGCAGGAUAUGUACAUAUGCUUUAGCACAAUAAAAGUUAUCACUCUCAAAACUUA